CUUGUAAGAUGACACCAGCAGCUUUCACAAGGCACACAGGGGUGUUUCACUGAGAAGUGAAGGUAGCCUACGUUCUUAUUUCACAUUUUCCGUUUAGCGGACCUGAGAAGAUAACCUGUUAGUGAUGUUUGGUGCUGCUGUGCCGACACACACAGUCUCUUUGUUGAUUUUUACUGGGGGGAUUUAUUGAACAGUUAUACUUACUCAUUGACUCUGCAAAAGAGGAGGGAACCAUGAACAGUCCGGUAGAAACAGAGGACAACCAAUACAGUCCAAUACAUCUCACUGGGCUCGGAAUAUGUUGCCCCCUCAGUCCCAAACAGCACCACAAUGGGCCUGGUCUGGAGAGCCCACAGCAGUACAUCAAAUGGCUCCCCAGCCGCCACGAGGCCAGCCUGCUGCCCAUGAGAGAGGACCUGGCUCUCUGGCUCAACAUGUUUCUGGACUCUGGGGUCACGGCUGACAGCCUGAUGGACAGGCUGGAUAAUGGGGUUCUGCUGUGCCAGCUGGCCGAGGAGCUACAGGAGAGGAUGAUCCAAGCCAGCAAUGGCAAGACCUUCGUCCGCAGGGUGAUUCAUUGGCGAGCUGAUGCUGCUUCUGGCUCUUUCUUUGCCCGGGACAACACUGCCAACUUCCUCUACUGGUGUCGGAAGAUUGGUGUGGAUGAGACCUACCUGUUUGAGUCUGAAGGCUUGGUGCUCCACAAACAGCCUCGGGAGGUGUGUCUCUGUCUUAUGGAGCUGGGAAGGAUUUCAGCCAGGUAUGGUGUGGAGCCCCCAGGGUUGGUGAAGCUGGAGAGAGAGAUAGAUAGGGAGGAGGGAGGUUCUCUCACCUCAUCAUCACCUCUGGCCUUCCCCUUCCCCUCACCCACAACUCUUCCCUUGAUCUUACCGCUGCUCCGUGCUCCUACACCCCCUGCUUCUGUAUCCCCACCUCCCAGUCCAAGCCCACCCCCUGCUUCUGUAUCCCCACCUCCCAGUCCAAGCCCACCCCCUUCUCAAGCCCCAGUAGACCCUACUCCUCCAACUUCCAUCUCAUCCUUGUCAACCACCACUAGCACAACUUCCACUCAAACCUCAUCUGUUACCAUCGUCACAACCUCCACUCAGACUCCUCCCACAACACCAACCACAGAUCCUAUCUCAGCCCUGAGCCUUACAGAGACCCCUGUCUCCCCCUCUCCACCUCCUCCUUCACAUCCUCCACCACUGCCGUCACCUCCAUCACAACCCUCACCCUCUCCCUCACCUAAGCUCAAGGCACGUCGUCCAAGAAAAUCAUCUGCUAAGAAGACUCCAAGCACAUGCAACAUGUUGGAUGACAUAGUGAGAAACAUUAUCGAGGACUCGCCAUGCAGCUGCCCCACUAAGUUCCCUGUGGAGAAGCAUCCCAAAGGAUGCUACCGUGUCGGGGAGAAGGUCCUCUACGUACGAAUGCUGAAUGAACGUCAUGUGAUGGUGCGCAUCGGGGGAGGCUGGGAGACCUUGGGAUGUUACCUGCUGAAGCAUGACCCCUGCCGGAGUCCACCGGUCACCCCGGUCAGGACCUGUCGGGCCAAAGGAAAGUCCCCCAACAUGAAGGACUUGUCACCAGACAACUAUAUGGUGGUGGGGGCACACUACCGUGCCAAGAAAUAAACCAUGAAUCUGUUCAACCAUAACAGAUAACUGACACCACAACCUAGCAAUGAAGCUUCCUGGUUAUUCUGAGCAUAUCAAGGUUUUUUCUGGAGAUGUAUUAUUAUCUGUUAGGUUGGGUUUAGUGGUUCACAUGUAUGUAGAAAGGUAUAUUUUAUCAUCUAAAGGAUUUCAACAAAAUAUGGUGUUAUUUUUAAGGUUAGUUUGAAAAAGUGAUCUUAUCUGUAAAAAUCUAUCCUGUCGUCUUGAAAAGAGUUGAUCCAGAAUGGCUAGUAUAGCUGAGGGGUAAUGGUGUUUAUAGUUGUAUUUUAAUAUAUUGGAUGAGGGCUCAUCUCAAGACUGUCCAGUCAUUUCUCUAUAAGAAUUGUUUUAUUGUACUAUAAGAUAUUUUUGAUAGUACCCUGAGAGAAGACGAUAUAGGGAUCAUUUAUUAAAUGUUUAUUUUUCAGUAUUUAUGUAUAUUUUGGAAUGUACUCUGAUUGAAUAUCAUGUAAUGACAUCACAUUUUUACCUUUUUUCAUGCCCAUGCAAACUAUGAAUGUAUCUGUAGUCAGUUGUUCGAUGGUUAGCUACUACCCUGCAGCAUUGACUCUUCCUCGGUUGCUGGAAUAAACACGACUGAGGACACAGCCAGAAAAUACUCAACUCUCCUCUAGGUGGCAUCGUGUCAUAAGAAAUAGAUGGUAGAAGCAACACCUAGCCCAGGGUUUCUUAGCAGCUAUGGCUGCAUUUAGACAUGCGGCAUAAUUACGAUAUUGUUUUGACCAAUCAGAUCAGCCCUAAUUGUGAUCUAAUGUGAAAAGAUCUGCGAUUGGUCAAAAUACCUAUUGGUGGGGAAAAAAUAUCAGAAUUGGGCUGCCUGUCUAAAUGCAGCCUAAUAUUAUUACAGGAAAUUCAUCCACUGAGGUCCACUUAAAGUAAGUCUAGCAUUUGGACUAAAUCAGUGUCAGCUCACUAACUGACAGAUGUCGGCAACAUCCAUGUGAUUGUUUUUAAAACCUCAUCAAUGCUGUAUUAGUUUGGAGAAUGAAUAUGUGCUACAUACUUAUGAAAGACAAACUGAGAUGGAUGAUGGUUGUUUUUUUUAUUGUCAAAUCAUGGCAUUCGUGUAAUUCCUCUGAAAAAUGUGCCACAUGUCCAACCAAAACUUUACUGCAGUGGUUGCAAGAACCAUAAUAGCCUAUUUGAUUAUACUCUCUAUGAGUGUGAAAUAGUGUACAUGUAAGCCCAGAUGGGCAGUACACAGGAAGAGGUUUAUCUAAGCUCAGUGUUUUUCUGUUGUGACAUAAGAUGACAUAGACAUCUAGAAUACAUGAAAUAUACAGACACAGUUGACUUCAGAAUAGUAUGUUAAUUACAUUUUAUUUCAGUAAAAUAAAUUAGAUAAAAAAAUGGACAAUUUUGAAUACAUUAAAAGAAAUGAACCAUAAUGAUCUCAUGCAAGACUAUAAUGUCUUUUAAUCGUCUUUCUCCAUCCUCGUGGAUUGAACCAGUAUAAAUGACUUGUAGAAAAUCAUAGCAGUGCUACUUAAUGAGGUGCCACUUGAAAUUGUGGCAUUUGUACACAGUGUCCCACAUUGCUCACACUGAACACUUUCCAGUUCCUCAUGAAACACGAGAAGUCCCACUAAGAGAACUAUUUUGCUGUCACUUUUGCAUACAAGUUGUAUAUUGUGCUUACCCCUUCUCUCAUUCUUUUUUAUGUGGCCAUUUUACUACUUUUUCAGCAUUGUUGGUACGCUACCCAGAUAUUUCUCUAUCAACCGUUUUAGCAACAGAACCUUUAUCAUUAUUCAAACAACACAAUUGCAAUACAUGUAUUGUUUAUUGUAGCAAUUAUCCAUGCAUUCAAUACCAUUGGUCCAUUUAGAGAUCUAAGGGACAAAACCUGGACAUGUGUGUUGAUAUAAACUGGAGGAGAAGACUGUGGAUGAGCUCAGAAUGGCAGCAGAACACCACCAAUAUCCACAACUCUUUUACAAGUCUGAGGUGGUGCUACAUAUAGUAGCAAUGUUGGCAUGUUUCACUUUGUAGUCACUUUGAGGCAAUGUUUUUAUCUACAGUCAAAUAGUAAUUCACUGGAAAGGUUAUAGCUCAUCACCUCAUAACACUGCUGGAAAAGUGUCACAAUGAGUGCCUUUUUACAUAUAGGUAACAAAACAGUGUUACUUGAGUACCCUGUACUCACAAAAUACAUCAAUUCCAUCUUACCUGUAAUUCCAUCUUAAUUCAUGUGCAGUGCUAGCCUCCGAAGCCUGCCUGAACCCAGACCUGCCACAAACAAACUCCCAACAUGGCCUGAGUUUCCUCCCAGAACCUUUAUGUAAUACACACGUGUGCUUGUAUAAUUACUACACCUUACAGAGUGCACUUACAGAGUACAUUAAUCAAAUGUUACCCAAAUGAGGGCCUUUUGACCUCUCCUUGUCUCUACGAAUUGCAAACUGGACUCUGCAAAGGGCCAGUAAGACUGCCUGUUGCCUGGGGCAAAAGUGGCACUGAAAUUAAGAAAUGGUAAGCUCCCUCAAUUCAUUCAGGAAAGUGGUCGACUCAAUAGGGAUCCACACUGAAGUGACGCAGAUGAUGCUUUAACAGGACAUCAUGUUGUCUGCUUACAAGAUGCCACAUUAUUGGUCUUGUCUCCAAGAGACCUGAGCUGAUUCCUAGUUUCCCCCUACUGAGGAAGAAUACAGAGAACAGCUAUGUGCAAGAGCAGACACCCCUGCCUCAAACGUGAGGAGAGAAGGAUUGGUAGACAGGAAAAACAACAUACCAGUGGUGUUACUGAUGUAAACAUGAUAUUAAGUAUGACUUUUCACAGCCCUACUGCUCUCUCAAUGUAAAUCUCAACAUGACCCAUUUUCACUUACAGAAGAAUAUUAACAGAAAUGUUGCGUUGAAUAAGACAUGUAUUCAAUGAUAAACUGUGCAAAUACCUGCAUUUUGCAGCAGUUCACACAAACCAAAUCACUUAAUGCAUUGAUACUUGCUACAAACAAUGUGUUGUGCUAUGUGAAGGUUUUUUGUGCAAGAAU